ACGUUAUGAAGGCAUGUUUUGGCGUUGGUGUCUCAAAUUACCAGAGCUGGCUUACUCACAGGCUCGUUCGUCUAACAAUACGUUGAUAGUCAUGCCACACGGAGCCCGCCAGAGGAAGUCAGCUUUAAUAAAAGGAGAGUCUCAAGGAUCUACUAGUCUCACUACAACUGAGGAGCAUGAAACCUCUGGACUCGUAGAGUAAACAACAUCUUUUAAAUACAUUAACUGGACACUCCGACCGACUGUUUCAACAGCACACCCUCUAAGACCUGGUGAAAAUAAGGAGCAGUUUGGAAACCUUGGAAGAUUAGACAGUUUUCAGACAAAAGCUGAGAUGAAUUUUUCAGCCGGGAUCCCAGGGAUGGUAAAUCAGACGUCCACCUCCAUGUAUGGCUGCUCAUCCACCCAAAACAUCGUCGGCUCGGUCCUGCCUCCUGUUCUCAUCGUGGAGAUGAUAGUGGGCUUGCCAGCAAAUAUUGUGGCCUUGUGGAUCUUCUGUUUCCACCUGAAGGUCUGGAAGCCCCAUACUCUGUUCCUCUUCAAUCUGGUUCUGGCGGAUUCCCUGCUCCUGAUUAGUGUGCCUUUUCGCAUUGACAACAUCCUCCGUGAGGAGGACUGGGUGUUUGGGGGGGCCUGGUGCCGCAUUAACCUCUUUAUGCUGGCGGUGAACCGUUCUGCCAGUAUCGCCUUUAUGAGCGCUGUGGCAGUGGAUCGCUACUUCAAGGUGGUCCACCCACACCACCGCAUCAACCAUAUGACGUCCACCCAGGCGGGCUACAUGGCUGGCCUGGUGUGGAUGGUUGUGUUGGCUCUGCGGACCCCAUUGUUGGCCACCAAGCUCCUGCACAAGGCUGGCGACAAAUCCCUGUGUCGGAGCUUCAAUUCCUACGAAGAACUCCCUCCGACAAUCAAGGUGCACUACGUGGUCUACAUCGGAGAGUUCUUCCUGCCCUUGUUGUUGUUGCUGUUCUGCUCGGCCCAGAUUGCCUGCGUCCUGCGGCAGCGGCAGAAGGGCCGACAGAAGAUGGUGCGCAGGGCCAUCCUAACAGUAACAGUGAUCAUUGCUGUGUUUAUCAUCUGCUUCAUGCCAGGUAUCGUCACAGGCCUGUGUGCGAUGUUCAUCAAGUUGUACCGUCCUCAGGACUGCAUGGCCUACAAAGUGAUUACCCAGCUUUUCCGCCUGUCCAUUGGGUUUACUUACCUGAACAGCGCCUUGGACCCCAUCAUCUACUGUUUCUCCAGUUCGAUGUUUCGUGAGGUCCUUAUCAAGAGGUCCCUCAGGCAGCUGAGCAUGAGGAGAAGAAAGAAGCCACAACAGUUUACGUUUGAAGAAAGUGACAAUAAAACAUGAGAAUGUGACAGUGUGAGAAAAUCAAUGUCACACAGGAUAUUCAGUGAUGGAAACUGUAGUUUUGUCUAUUAACAAUGAGACAUUUGUAAAAAGAAAUGGUAACACAAAAUAUUCUGAGAGGUGCAUUGAGUAGAGUGAGUUCUUCAUAAUCAUGAGGUCUUAGGUUUAAUCCUCAUAAAGAACAGUUGAACAAAUAGAGGAGUCUGUCUUAAGAGAAACCUGAAUCUCUCCCCUCAUCCCAUUUCGCUAAACCUUCAUCAGGUCAGAAGCUUUGUGUUUAUCUGUUGGCAUCUGUUGGAUCUAUAAUGCAUGUAUACAGAAAAUUUAGUGGUGCUAUUUUGCUGUUGAUGAUAACGCAGGGAUAAGGAACAUUUUUUUUUUUGUCUCCAUUAAAGUGAAAUAAAGAAAUACGCACAUCACUCUUCAUUAGCAAUUAUUUCCUUUGGUUUUAGAAUUGAACGGAUUUGGUCAUUCUUUGAUAAGCCAACAGGCCAAUAAUAAAUCCCAGAUUUUCAAAUCUUCCAGUUCUUUUUACAUUGUGAUUUUAUUACAAUCUGUCUGGCAGUAUGACCAUUUAUUGCCAUGAAAUAUAACAUCACAUUAGCUGCUGAUCACUAGCCUACGUCAUACAUUUAGCUGCUAUAACAUUUUUUCCAUCUGAUAAUGUAUGGUGGUGGUGGUGAAUGUCACACAGCGAAGGAAAAUCACCGUCCUGGGCUCAGUCCUCGGAGCAGCCAAGGCGUCCUGCUGAGAGAGGCUCUAAAUAACUCAAACCUGAAGCUUGCUAAGGUGACCUAGAACCCCACCUGCUCACUUCACGAUGAUAAUAAUUUUUGACAAUUUUUAUUUUUUCUGUGUUAAAUAAGCAAACGUGUGGAAACUGGGGAUGAUUUCAUGAUUUGUGAUUCUUUGCUUUGCAAAAAAUCCCCUUCUGUCUUAGCCAUUCAAACAUGCCUGUUUCUCGUACAUUGUGGCUUGACUGUGAUUCAAGUGUGGGUUCUUGGGCAAGUCGUAUCUAAAAUUCACCUAAACAAAUGUGCCGCUUUCCAUUAUGCAGCCAUUUCUGCCCUGUCCUUAAAAGAAAACAUUGAAAAUAAAGGCUCAUGAGAAUGAACUGACCCAUAACCCUUUAAUGACAGUAUCCCCCUUCUACAGACAAACACAAGAAACCACUGACAGAAACAGAAUGACGCCUCUACUUCCAGCUUACUCUACUCACACAACAAUGGAAUCUGAUUUGUCUGAUUUACAGUUAACAACCGGCUGAUUUACAACUGCAGCAGUUCAU